AAAUGUACAUCAUUGGUUUUAUGUAGCUUUGGACUUGCAGAUCAGUCUGUCGAAAGCAUAUGUAUUUACAUAUAUCGACUCCUCAUAAUAAGUAGCUACCAUCGGACCAAUUAUCACACAUUUACGACAUGAGUAAGGACACCGUCAUCAAAGCUUUCAAGUCUAUCAAGGAAACUACCAAGGCCGAAGUUUCCCAAAUAAUUGGAAAUGUCCCAGAUUGGGCGACAGGCCGGAUAUUACAAAGUUGUCCUGCCAAAUGGGACUAUCCGAAAUAUCGACUUAACCACGUUUAUGACGGGUACAUGAUGACCUGCAAAUUUGAAAUCCGUGGAGGAAGCAAUGGCAGCGUUUCCUUCACUUCAAAAUUCCUACUAUCUGAAGCCUUCAAAAAAGCUGAAAUUGCAAAGAAACCAAUUAUAGCGGAAUUUUCGACAAGAUCUGCCGGCACGGAUGCCUCUUUGUCGGUCUUGGAAAAAGUUUUAGCGUCCGUGCUUCCUACUCCGAGUGACAACUGUUUAUUCAUCUCCACAUCGAACGUGUGUCGAAAUCCCAUCAUUCAGGCGGAUUAUGGUUUCAUGUUCGAACUGGACCCGAAAUCUUUGAACUGCAUAUCAAGACACGAUCCUGUCAAAGAUUUUGGCCUUCACGCCCUCACGCCACACCCCCUCACGGACUUGGAAACCGGUGAAACCUACAAUGUCGGCGUCAGCGUAAAUACUGGGUCGAAAUGGAAGAUUAUGAAAUUCCCUCGUGGCUCUAAUUUACGAUCUUUGACCGAUUCUCUGAAAAUGGGCAAGGUCCUGGCAACAAUUCCAGCUCGCAGUAAGACGCACUGCUCGUGGCUGCAUUCGUUCGCCAUGACUAAAACAUAUUUGAUUUGGAUCGAUCAACCUUGUCACUUCAGUUUGAAAAAGGCAGCCAUGUUACUCUUGAAGGGGGUGUGUCCCAAGGAAACAAUGGAGUGGUAUCCCGAAAAGAAAAAUCGCUUCUAUAUUUUCAACAAAAAGACCUGUAAAGUAGUGAAGAUAGAAAUUCUGUCGAAUGACGCAUUCUAUUUCACCCACAUUUUAAAUUCUUACGAGGAAAAGGGACAUAUAAUCGUCGAUAUUUUUUCAAUGCGAAAUAUCCAAUUUAUCAACAGCCAAGGUAUACCAAAUCUCCGUGCCGGACAAGUCCUAAAGGACCCCGAUUGUCCUCAACUAGUUCGCUACGUGAUCCCGCUGGUGGGCGAGGACUUGGGAAAAUAUCCUGAAAACCGGAAUUUAGUCAAACUUCGCACAACAGCAACCGCAAUUAGGGCUGAAGACAAGCUAAUUCUCAAACCGGAAGUUAUGUCCGAAGUGAAAAUGGACUACCCCACUUUCAACAAAAGGAUGUCUGGAGGGGGUCUCCGUUUCAUUUGGACUUCGGGAGCAUUCUGCCCUUCAGUUCAUCACAAUAAAAUUAUCAAAUUUGACUUUGCCACAAGGGAAAGUAUUUGUUGGCAUGCCGAACCGCAUCAGUACGUUGGCGAACCGAAUUUUAUUCCCAGGCCGGCAGGAACGGAGAAGGAUGACGGAAUAAUCGUCCUGGUUGUCGUCAACUACUCGGUUACGAGAGACAAAGUGGAGAAAGAUUUCAUGAUUUGGUUGGAUGCUAAAGACUUGAAGGAACUUGGGAGGGCUCAUUUUGACACAGAGAUCCCUAUUGCAUUACACUCAAUUUGGCAAUCCAUGUAAUUAAAGCAAGAUGGGAAAUAAUUUUAAUAAAUUGCACACCCUUCGUUAAGAUUCUUCA